CGUUCUUGAAGCAUUAUCGGCUGGUACGUCGCACGUAUAAGAUCGCGGAAAACGGUGGAGUUUUUUUUUUAAAUAAGUAAAUUUAACAUAUAGACACGUAUACUUGAGUGUUUUGAGGUACAAUUGCUCAUUUAAAGUUGCGGGCCUUCGAAAUGCGUUCCGCCUGUGGUUUCUUGUUACUUUUGGUGAUCGGCGUCGCCAUCGCCGAAGUUCAUUUCGAGGAGAAAUUUAACGACGAUACGUGGGAAAAGAAUUGGGUAUACUCGGAACAUCCGGGCAAAGAAUUCGGGAAAUUCGUCCGUACCGCUGGAAAAUUUUACCACGAUGAAAAAGACACAGGUAUCAAGACGUCAGAAGAUGCAAGGUUCUAUGCGCUAAGUUCCAAGUUCAAACCCUUUACCAACAAAGACAAACCGUUGGUUGUUCAGUUCACUGUCAAACAUGAACAGGGCAUUGACUGCGGUGGUGGUUACGUCAAAGUCUUUAAUUGCAAGCUGGAUCAAAAGGAUAUGCACGGCGAGACACCCUAUGAGCUCAUGUUUGGACCUGAUAUCUGUGGACCGGGUACCAAGAAGGUUCACGUCAUCUUCAGCUACAAGGGAAAAAAUCUUUUGAUUAAAAAAGAUAUCCGAUGCAAAGACGAUGUUUAUACUCAUUUGUACACUCUCAUCGUUAAUUCCGACAACACGUACAAGGUACUCAUCGAUAACGAAGUUGUGGAAUCCGGUGAUUUGGAGAGUGACUGGGAGUUCCUCCUGCCAAAGAAAAUUAAGGAUCCAGAAGCGAAGAAGCCCGAAGAUUGGGAUGACAGACCAACUAUUCCUGAUCCUAAAGACGAGAAACCUGAGGACUGGGAUCAGCCUAAACACAUUGCUGACCUUAGUACCGAAAAACCUAAAGAUUGGGACGAUGAAAUGGAUGGCGAAUGGGAAGCGCCAAUGAUUGACAACCCUGAUUACAAGGGCGAAUGGAAACCUAAACAAAUCGACAACCCUGACUACAAGGGACCGUGGGUUCAUCCUGAAAUUGACAAUCCCGAUUACACUCCCGAUACCGAACUUUACAAACGAGAUGAAAUUUGUGCUAUUGGUUUCGACCUCUGGCAGGUUAAAUCUGGCACAAUAUUUGAUAACGUUCUUAUCACGGACGAUCCUGAGACAGCUCACAAAUUCGGCACUGACGUUUGGGCCCCAACGAUCGAGGGUGAAAAGAAGAUGAAGGCUGAACAAGAUGAGAAAGAAAAGGAAGAAGAGAAAGAAAAAGAGGCUAAAAAGGAUGGUGAAGACAAGACCGAUGACGAAGAGGAUGAAGAGGAGGAUGAUGAGGCUGAGAAACAUGACGAAUUGUAAAUACGCGCGUUCCGAGGAGGAAUAAAUUCAGACUGUAUUCCAGGAGCUGUCAGGCUUUGUGAAACGCACCAGCCGACACGGAAACACAACACAAAAGCAUAUGACCUUAAAACGUACACGAAUGAAAAAGAAACAGAAAAAGAUCAAUUUUUGAAAGCGCUCAAAGAGCUCAAUCGGGAACGAAAAACAUUGCUAUCCUGGCAAAUUUUCGUCUUGGUCUUCGCUUCAACGUACACUAAGCAAUGAUACAUUGUAAUCCGAGUUCUCAAGUUUUCCUUUUAUACAAGCCUCUAAUCGUUAAAGAAUCAUUUAUGUAAAUUUCAUUUCAUACUUUAACAAGAAAAAAAGGAGAGGCAAAAAUCGCGAAAAAAAUUGCUUAUUUAUAAUGAUGAUUGCAAUGUCAAUAAGCGGGCAUCAAAGUUGUUUAUCGACUCGUGAGCCUGAGCAUUUAUCCUAGUCCUUUGACAUCACGAUUCUUCGUUGUUCAGCAUAAAGUAUAAAAUCUAAAACGCAUGUUUUAAAACAAAAAACGGUGUGAAUCGUACAGUUGAGAGAGAAACAUUCGAAGGAAUGAUUAAUCAACAGAAGAAUAGCGAUCUUGGACUUGCCCACUUCUGCCCCCUCCACCCUCCGCUCCAACCCUUAUCCGUGUCGUGCACCGCUACAGCUCCAAAAAAAAACUAUAAGUUGUUCCGUUUUUGUUUGACAAGUGUUUUUAUAUGAAGGUGAAAGAAAAAAGAAGUAAUUUAAUAUCUCUAUACGAAUAUAUAGAUUAUAACGUCAUUUUCCAUACGGUGUAAUAACCGUGAAUCCCCUGCCCUGAGCCCUUAUCCGCAAACAAUUGACGGUCGAGAUGAGUGAUGGGUAUGAAUGCGUGCAAACAUGUCUGAGUGAUAAAAUGAUUGAUAAAUUAUAUAAAAAAAAAAGAUAAAAAUGAAACAACAAAACUGAAGAAAUGCCACCAAUAAACCAUGUAAUAAAUGAAUAAGACUUUUCUAGA